AUCCUCAAAAAAACUCACCACCCAUCCUCUAGCUUAGCUUGCCCGAACCACUAUGGCCCUAAACUUCAAUUCCAAAUGCAUUCUUGCAAUCCUUUUCCUCUUGGGGACGUGCGCUUACGAAGUCACUUCCCGCACCCUUGAAGAGGCAUCCUUGGUCCAACGUCAUGAGCGGUGGAUGGCUCGCCAUGCACGCUCAUAUAAAGAUGAUGUUGAAAAAGCUAACCGAUUCAAAAUAUUCAAACAAAACUUAGAGUUCAUUGAAUCGUUCAAUAAAGUUGGCAACCGAUCUUACAAACUCGGUCUGAACAAAUUUUCAGAUAUGAGCCACGAAGAGUUCAAAGCCACAAUGCUUAUUGACGAAAACAAUUUUGUCGCUCGCCCUACUAAGAUUCCGAAAGGAAACUCGUUUGGAAAUAAUGAGAGUCUCAUUGAUGCUCCAAACAGUGUGAACUGGAUAAAGAGUGGAGCUGUUACUGCAAUCAAAAAUCAACAUCGAUGUGGUGCAUGCUGGGCAUUUUCAACAGUCGCAGCAGUGGAAGGAAUAACCCAGAUAAAAACCGGGCGGUUAGUUCCCUUGUCGGAGCAACAACUCGUGGACUGCGACACGACCAACAGCGGCUGCGGCGGCGGCUGGCCAACCAAGGCAUUCCAGUACGUGCAGGAAGCCAACGGACUCAUGUCCGAAUCCAACUAUCCCUACCAGGGCUACCAGCAAGCCACGUGCGCCACCGCCGGAGGCUACGCGGCGGCAACCAUCACCGGGUUUCAGCAGGUGGAGGAGGGCGAGGACGCGCUCCUCCAGGCCGUCAGCAACCAGCCAGUCUCCAUCAUCAUAUCUCUCGACGGCUACGAGCUCCAACAUUAUGACAGCGGCGUCUUCUCCGGCGAUUGCGGGAGCGGCUCCUUGCACGCCAUCACGGCGGUGGGCUACGACACCUCCAUGGAGGGGGGAAAGUAUUGGCUGGUAAAAAAUUCAUGGGGCACCACCUGGGGCGAGAAUGGGUACAUAAAAAUGGCGAGAGACGUGGUUGAGGGAGGACUCUGUGGCCUGGCCAAAAUGGCUUCUUACCCUACCAUUGAUUAACCAUCUAAAUAUAAUUAAUUAAGUUUAAACCCUGGCUUUGGACUGGGUCGGACUUUAAUUAAUUUGAUGCAAGAUAUUUUGCACUCUAUCAAUUAUAUAUAGUAAUAUUAUAUUUGUAUCCAAAAAGUUUAGAUUAUACUCCACAUGCAUAAGGUAGAGUGUAAUAUAAAUUCUGAAUUCUGUUUCAUUGAUGUAUCAAAAGAAAUAUAAUACUAAAUAUUUAAAUUUGAAUUUUGUUU